UCCAUCUCCCUCCAUCUCUCCAAGUGCUGGCGGAAUACAGAGAGCUCAGACAAAGAAAGACUGAUAGAACAAGGGAAGAGAGGAGCAAAAGAGUGAACAAUAAGGGAGGGAUAGAAGCAGAGUGAGAGAGAGAAAGGACGAGAGAAACGAUCGCAGACUUUCAGGCUACGGGGGAGAGGAGGCACACAGAGAGGCAGUGUGAGAGAGAAAGACAGUGUCGCCAUUUCAAAAAUGACUUUUGAGGAGGAGCUCUGAACAUCGCAAUAGGGACCAUUCUGCCACAGCCCGGAACAGGAGGAGAGCUUUAGCCACCACUACCCCACCCUCACUCAGCUAAUCUCAGAUGGAGGCGGAUGCGGCCGAGAAACGCCAUCGAACGCGAUCCAAAGGUGUGCGAGUUGCCGUGGAGACCGCAGCACAGGAGCUGUUCAGCUGUCCCACACCGGGGUGUGACGGGAGUGGACAUGUGAGGGGUAAAUACGCCAGACACAGGAGUGUCUAUGGAUGCCCUUUGGUUAAGAAGAGGAAAAUCCAGGAAAAGCCCCCACAGGAACCUGCUAUCAAGCGGCGGCCAUUUCUAGCCAUGCCUGAUGGCCAUCCCACGAUGUACGAGAAGUACCAGGCGGACGUUACAGAUGAGGGGGAGGAACGGGAGCAGGAAGAGCUAGAGGAGGAAGGCGAGGAGGAUGGAGAUGAUGAAGAAGAGGAGUGCUCGGAAGACAACGAGGACCCUGGCGAGGAGGAGGAGGAGGAGGAAGAGGAGGAGGAAGAGGAAGGAGAGGCUGAGAGAGAGGAGGGCGAAGAGAUAGAGCAAAUGGAAGAAGAGGUAGAGGAUGAUGAUGAGGUGGUGGAGCAGGACGGAGAUGACGAGCAAGAGGAGGAGGAGCAAGAAGAUGAAGAUGAUCAUGAGGAAGAGGAGGAAUAUGAAGAUCAGACUCAUCAGCAAGAGAAAAACUAUUCCAGUUGUGGACAAUCAAAGCCCAGUCAGAUGGUUGAGAAAGAUAGUAACAACAAUAACAACCCGACCAAUGAAGAGUACGAGAACUACGAUGAGCUGGUGGCCAAGUCGCUGCUAAACCUGGGCAAGAUAGCGGAGGACGCUGCCUACCAGGCCAUGACAGAGUCGGAGAUGAACAGCAGCUCCUCUAACAGCGGCGGCGAAGAUGAGGACGAGGACGACGAGGAUGGGAGCGAGCGGGGCGGGCGGAAGGGGGAUCUGAGCGUGGACCUGGACAGCGACGUAGUGCGUGAGACGGUGGACUCACUCAAGCUGCUGGCCCAAGGGCACGGGGCCGUGCUGCCCGACGACGGCUACCCAGACGAGGCGGCCGUCGGCGAGGGAUCGGUGGCUCUGGUCCACCCCAACGGCCAGGUGGAGGAGAACGAGGAGGGCGUGUGCCUCAGCAGCCUGGAGUGCCUGCGGAACCAGUGCUUCGACCUGGCGCGCAAGCUCAGCGAGACGCAGGUGAACGAGCAGCCCAUGCCGCAGCACCAGCUUCUGCCGCAGCAGCUCCCGCUGCACCACAUGACCCGCUAUGACACCUGCCAGCAGGCGGAGACGCAGAGGCCCUUGGAGAGGAACUACUCGGACAUGGUGAACCUGAUGAAGCUGGAGGAGCAGCUCAGCCCGCCGUCCCGUGGCAGCUACCCUGCUGGCUGCGCGCAGGAGCCCGAUGAGGACACCACGUCGGUGGCUUCGGAGCGCUCGGACGAGGCCUUCGACAUGACCAAGGGCAACUUGUCCCUGCUGGAGAAGGCCAUCGCGCUGGAGUCCGAGCGCGCCAAAGUGAUGCGUGACAGAAUGGCUUCGGACCAGGCAGCGGCCCGCAGGGAUCACCAACACAGCCCCAGGCAGAGCAGUGGCGCCGACGAGCGUAAAGCCCGACUCCACCACGAUGGGGCAAAGAGAGCCUACUACCCCAAAGAUUCCUCGAGAGGUGAGAAAAAAGAGAGCAAGUGUCCCACCCCAGGGUGUGACGGCACGGGCCACGUCACCGGCUUGUACCCGCACCACCGAAGCCUGUCCGGCUGCCCCCACAAAGACCGCGUACCACCAGAAAUUCUUGCAAUGCAUGAGAAUGUUCUAAAGUGCCCCACGCCUGGUUGCUCGGGACGCGGCCAUGUUAAUAGCAACAGGAACUCCCACCGCAGUCUCUCUGGAUGCCCCAUAGCCGCUGCUGAAAAGAUGGCUAAGGUUCAAGAGAAGCACCAGUCAUGUGACGGCCCAAAGUCCAACCAGGCAUCCGACCGCGUGCUGAGGCCUAUGUGCUUUGUGAAACAGCUGGAGAUCCCACAGUACGGUUACAAAAAUAACGUGUCUACCAGCACACCUCGCUCCAACCUGGCUAAGGAACUGGAGAAGUACUCCAAGACCAGCUUUGACUACAGCGGGGGCUACGACACCCAGCCCCACGCCUACAGCAAGCGCUCCCUUGCCCAGAAGAACCACGGACGGGAUACCUCACCCAGGGGCUACGACGACUCAUUUGCUCUCAGCAUUCAUCAUGGAACAUCAGAUCAUCCAAUAAGCGAGUCUUCAGCCAAGCGCUACUGCAAGACCUCGAGUCCAGCCAGCAGCACGACGAGCAGCUACGCACCCAGCAGUGGCAGCAGCGGUGGCAGCGGUGGCAGCAGUGGCAGCAGCCUGAGCUGUGGGGGUGGCAGGGCCGGUAGGGGAGGGGGCGGCGGCAGCAGCGCCAGCAGCACCUGCAGCAAGAGCAGCUUCGACUACACACACGACAUGGAGGCAGCCCACAUGGCUGCCACGGCCAUCCUCAACCUGUCCACGCGAUGCAGGGAGAUGCCCCAGGGCCUGGGCAGCAAGGGCGCCGAGCUGCUCGCGCAGAGUCCGGGCGAGCGGGAGGCAGAGGAGAGCGGUACGCUGGAUCUGAGCGUGGGCCACGCCGGCGGCGUGGGCGAGGGCACUGUGCUCACCCCACUGCAGCCCAUGUCCCCCCAGCGCCAGGCGCUGCUCAACAGCCGCUGCUACCAGAUGAGCCCGGCCGACUGCUGGGACCUGCCCGUGGACUACACCAAGAUUAAACGCCUGGACGAGGACCACAAGGAGGACGAGCUGGACCCUUUCCAGGAGCUACUGGAGGAGCAGCAGUACCAGGGUGAGGUGUCUCUCCCCAGCCCCAAACACAAAUACGCCCCCUGUAAGGAGACCAAGAAAGACCUCCUCACGCUCUCCAGCUGCCAGCUGGCGGAUAAAGGCAUGCGGGGGAUGAUGCCAGCGAACACCCAGGAUCUGAAGUGUCCUACUCCAGGUUGUGAUGGCUCCGGGCACAUAACAGGCAACUACGCCUCACACAGGAGUUUAUCAGGUUGUCCCCGAGCGAAGAAGAGUGGAAUUAAAAUCAUGCACAAGGAGGAGAAGGACGACCAGGAGCCUAUCAAGUGUCCCGUGCCAGGCUGUGAUGGUCAGGGUCAUGUGACAGGGAAGUACGCAUCCCACCGUAGCGCCUCCGGUUGCCCGCUGGCCGCCAAGCGCCAGAAGGAUGGCUUCGUCAACGGAGCACCAUUCCCUUGGAAGUCGGGCAAGACCGAUGGCAUGACAUGCCCUACGCCCGGCUGUGACGGCUCAGGACAUGUGAGCGGGAGCUUCCUCACCCACCGGAGUCUCUCCGGAUGUCCCCGGGCUACUUCGGCCAUGAAAAAGGCUCGGAUGACUGGCGUCGAAAUGCUUACUAUCAAGCAGCGUGCAAGCAAAGGCAUAGAGAAUGAUGAAGAAAUCAAACAGCUGGACGAAGAAAUCAAAGAUCUAAAUGAAUCAAACAAUCAAGUGGAGUCAGACAUGAUUAAGCUUAGGACUCAAAUCACCACCAUGGAGACCAACUUGAAGUCCAUGGAGGAGGAAAACAAGGCCAUCGAGCAGCAGAACGACUCGCUGCUACACGAACUGGCCAACCUCAGCCAGUCGCUCAUCAACAGCCUGGCCAACAUCCAGCUCCCUCACAUGAAACCGGUGCCACUGAAAGAGGCCCCUGUUAAAAAUUACUGCUGUUUACAGAUGCCCCACAGAGAGCCGAUGAACGAGCAAAACUUUGAUAGUUACGUGAGCACUUUGACAGAUAUGUACACUCAUCAGGACCAGUACCAGAGCCCUGAGAACAAAGCCCUGCUGGAGAAUAUCAAGCAAGCCGUGCAGGGGAUCCAGGUGUAGAUCACCCAGCAGCUGCCUGCUUCACCGGGAUAAUGGAUAAGCAAAAAGAAAAAAGAAAAAAAAAGAAUUAAGAAACAUGAAAAAACAUGUAAAAAGUAUGGAUAAUGAUUAUGAUUUUUGCUGCUGUAAUUUAUUGUAUUAUCUUGCAUUAUUUAUGAUUCUGUUAUGCUUUUGAGGGGAAAAAAUACAUAAUUAUUUGUUGCCUUGCUUUAAAAAUGAUUACCAAUGGCAAAUGUUUUGAGAAACAUUCAUGUUUUGUACAUUUUUCAUAUGACCUGACAUAAUGUGAUGUACUGUUUAUAGCUGCUAAUGUAUGCACAUUUUAGUGUAUAUGUAUUUAUUAUUGUAAACAAAAACCAUCCAUUGUUUUAAAAGCUUAUUGACAAAAAGGAAAAAAUGAUGCAGUGUUGACAAGGAGAGGUGAGAUGAACGUAAAAGGCAAUCAAUUAACCAGAGCUUUUCUUUUUGGAAAUAAGAGGAAUUCAAUAUGUGCUGUGCAGGUUGUUCGAUGGAUGUUAAAUGGUUAAUUUUGUAACAAUAUAAAAGAACUUCAUAGAGGUUUGUCAUUUUCCGAAAAACAUUUUACAGUGGUCAGUGUGGGCACUCUAAUGCAGUACACAUUGUUUUUGCACUUUUGUUUGUUUUUCAAAAGGUUGAAAAGGUUACAAAUGAACAGACUAAAAACCUUAACAUUUUUGUGAAACAUCAUUACACGGAAACUCACUGGUGCAAAUCCCAAGAUCGUGAGAGAAAUAUUCCAGAACUGAAACCAUUCUUAAUGUAUGUUCUGUAAACAUGAUUCCCAUUUGGUUAAGGCCAAUCACUAUGGAAAAUUUUAAGGAGACAAUCCAACAUAAAUUGUGAAUUUAUGAUCGUAAAAUAUUAGUAGGUAGUAAGAUAGCAUAUCAGCAAUAUAUGACAAUGAAUCAAUCAUUUAUUUAGAUAUGGGAUGCAAAAGUUCGGGUAUAUGCAAUUUCUUAUUCUUAACAUCACAGAAAACUGAUUACACUUUUUACUAAAUGUAAAGUAUUAAGUUUUAUAUAAAUCUUUUACUACAGUCAUGUUUUCGGGUUUAAACAUGAGUGAUCAAGUCCAAAUGGAUGAAUGCAUAUGCAUUAUGAGUUUUACUUUUCUCAUGUUCUGUUUUGCACAAGGACACAUUUGUUUCCAUGUUUUGAUGUUUUUAUUUUUCAAAAGAAAAUACGAAAAAAAGAAUGGCAAGGUGCCCAAAAGUUUGAAUGGGAGGGAACAUUUUUUUGCAGAGAGCAAAUAUGUGAAUGAAUGUCAGAUGAAGUGUGUGCUGGACUUACAGGGUUAACCUCACCACCCACAGGUUGUCAUUAUGUCACUGUUAUGCAGCACUUGUCUUGUAGGUAUGUCCAGUUACCACGUUAAAAGGAAAAAAAAAAAAGAUAAAGAAAAAAAUUUGUCUCAGCAUCAGAUGCAAAAGCACGCAACAUUUUUCUCUGUCGAUGCUGCAAGCAUGCAAGAUUUCCAUUAUGGUGUGACAUUUCAGAGUACCAGAUCAAGGGCAGUAUUUAUUUACAUUUGUGAAAACCCGUGAUUCACUGUCACGUUCUUCAUUUUUGAUUUGUGUCCAUUACAAGUCAUAAGCACUUUAAGCUCUAAGAAUCACAGAAACUCAAGAUGCUACAGAAGCUUUUUAUAAAUUGGGCAAAGAUGUGGGCUAAUGCUCUAUGGAUGUACAUCAAAGCAGUCAAAGAUGACUGUAAGCAAUCAAUUCCAUAGUCAGCUGAAAUGUGUACUGGUACGACCAGUUUGCACUGCUGCGUAAUAUCUAAGGAAAUAUAUGUGCACUCACAAGUUGUAAACAGAAAUGCACUUAAACUCACAAUAAACCUCCCAAGCUUGGCUCCAUUUUGUUAACACUGUUAACACAUGUAGGCACACUUCAGGCAUCUAGCAGACUGCUAGUAACGCUUGAGUUUAGUGGUUUUAAGAGUUGGUUGUGUAUACUAAGCAUGAUCCUCAUAAGAUGUUGUCAAUGACAUUGCAAAAGUGAACUGAAUCUGGUUGAUGGUAAUUAGACAUGGGGUUACCAUGCCAUUACCACCAUUGUUUAUUUGGCCAUUAGUUUCUUUAUUUAGGCUAGCUCAGCAUUUCUGAAGAGUUCAUGCAAAGGUGCUAGUCAUUCUCAUGUGUCAUGCAUCCAGAUGGGACUGUCAUCUCCAAGACUUCCUAGUCCUCUUUCCAAAGCUUUGUGUAUGCAGCUGCCAAUAUAGUAAUGCUUCUAAUAGACUGAUAGUAAAAUUUCCUCUCAUAAACUAUCAUUACUAAUUCGACAGGAAAAAGGAUUUUAAGCACAAUUUUGCUGCUCACCUUCUGUUCUAACAUAUUGUAGUAUCUAAUUUUAAAAAGUAUCUGUAACUAUUUAAAUAGAAAACACUAACUACAGUAUCACAUGCUUGAAUGCAGAAUACUUUUCUUAUUACUAAUUGUGAAUUCAUCAGGUUACAUAUUUUCCAUUUGAAAUGGACUUCAAUGAAUCAUUUUAAAACAGGAUUUUAUAUUUAAAAGAAACAUAGCUUUCUCCUGGUCUCUUGCUCUCUAUCUAUUUAGCUCUUUCUCUCCCUAUUUUAUUUAUUUUUUAAUCACAUGGCAUGGUUUUGGUUGAUAUAAUACUUUUUGCUGUAAAUGUUUAAGAUCACAAGUUGCUGUGAUAUUUCAUUUUGAAAUUGUGAACUUUGUACAAUUUUUAUCAUGCUGGUGUUGACAUCUCUUACUCAAUAAAACUUGUGUUGCCACACUGAA